AUGACCUCAAAUGAGCCUGCCAGCACUAAAAUUUUUGCAUCUGAUACAAAAGAAAUUGCAAACCAUGGUCAACAGAACAAAGAGUCAUCUUCCUCUGAAGACAACUUAGACGCCGAAUCCUUGGCCAAAACAGAGAAUAGUCAAGUUUUUGAGGUGUCCAAAGAGGGCCCAAACUUUCGCGGUGUUGGUAUGUAUGGAGCAGCAAUUUUGAUUGCAAAAUCUCAAUUGGGAUUAGGAGUACUUGGUUUGCCUAGCACUUUGAAUGCUUUAGGCUUUUUGCCAGGUUUGCUUUCACUCACCUGUUUGUGUUUGUUGAGUACAUACACUGGUCUCAUCAUUGGCAAGUUUCGAAAUAAACACCCACAUAUUUACUGUAUCGACGAUGCCGCGUACAUGUUGUUUGGUAGUGUGGCACGUGAAGUAAUGGGCUGGGGGUUUUGGCUCUUUUACACUCUUUGCUAUGGUUCAGCUUUGCUCACCAUUUCCAUCGCGUUCAAUUCAAUCACAGAACAUGCCGUGUGCACUGUCAUUUGGGUGGUUGUCGGUGCAGUGGUCUCGUUCAUUCUUGGUGCCUCAAUUAGAACCAUGAGAGUGUUGUCCUUCAUGGGAUACUUUGCCAUGUCAAGCAUUCUUCUCGCUGUGUGGAUUGUUGCUAUUGCUUGUCUUACUCAGAAAGUGCCCGCUGCAGCACCAGAGGGCGAGCCAAUCAAUAAAAUGAUUAGAGUCGCAGCCAGCGGUGCUCGAUUCAAUACCGUGGCCUCUGCUAUUGCCAUCCAAUUUUUUUCAUUAUGUGGAACAGCAUCUUUCUUUUCAAUACAGGCUGAAAUGAGGGACCCCAAGCAGUAUGGAAGGUCACUUCUUAUGGGACAAGCGUUGGUAAUGUUCAACUACAUUGUUCUUGCCAUUAUGAUUUACGCCAAAAUUGGCCAAUACGUUGCAUCCCCUGCUCUAGGCUCCGCUGGUGUUUUGCUUAAAAAGAUCGCCUAUGGUAUCGCCCUUCCAGGUUUAUUCUGGUCCUCGUUUUUCACUGCACACCUUGCGGCAAAAUACGCCCUUAUACGUAUUCUUAGGGGCACCAAACAUUUGCAAAGUAACACCAAAAUUCACUGGAUUACUUGGCUUGGAAUGAUAGCUAUUGUUAGUGCUGCAGGUUUUAUCAUUGCAGGUGCAAUCCCCUUCUUCAACAAUUUAGUAGCUUUAACUGGGGCGUUGGUUGGUACUUCCUUCACCCUUUUCAUCCCCGCUUGUUUAACAUUGUACGAACUUGGGCAUCACAAACAUCACGAGCGUGAUCUGACGCUUACUUGGAUAAAACACUCGUGGGGUGAACUUCAUCACCACAAAUUCACUGUUGUUUUGUCAAUCUUUUGCAUCUGCGUUGCCUUUUUUAUUUGUGUGGGUGGUCUUUAUGGAGCCAUAUCUUCAACAGUUGAGGCUUAUGCAAAUGGAACUGUUGAUCGUGCAUUCUCGUGUGCCAACAAUGCAUAA